UCUUGCCCCUCACCUCUGCGGUUCGCUAGAAACAAUCCUCUACUUGGCGCAAGACAGCUUCCUGAAGUUUCAAGGAGAAUGUACGGGUCGCAUUCUCAACCCAACUCAAAGGGCGCGAAUAGUACAGGCCCUACACAACCGGAAUGGCGUCUUACGUCAACUGCUAGUACUGCGACGCCGCAACCUCCCCCGCAGCCGUCAUGGCAGGCAACUCCCCCUCUUCCAGUUCGCCCUUCACUUAAUAAUGCUGCCGGAUUACGGCCGACUGCUAGUCCUCCUCAAAUGAGUAAUGUAGGCACGAAUUAUUCUCAGGCGCCCACAUUGACAGGAAUGAACACAACAUCGUGGGGAGUGAAAUAUAACAGGCAGCAGUUUCAGGCUUCGAGCCCCCCACCCCUCCCGCCUCGACCUCCAAGCGCAACACAGUCUCAUUCGCCCCUGACAUGUUCUCCGGCCGUCGGCGCGUUUGACGUCAACAGGCCUUCUUCUGCGACUCCAGUGCAGGCAGCCCACCCUGCUGCGAAUGCAUAUCCACAGUGGACAACGAGCGCUGCUUCAUUCGUGUCCCAUCAACAGACUACCACUGUGCCAACACAGCCUCCUCCGCCGCCACCACCACCACCACCACCUCCUCCUUCCGUCCCUUCUAGCUAUCAGGACUUCGUUCACUAUUCUAGCAGCCAAGCGCAGAACCACUUGCAACCUCCGCCAUAUGUUAGCGCCGUGUCCAGUCAAUCUCAUGGUCUUCCCGCACAGCAGCCCACCACAACCACCCCGAUUCAAACCAACCCCGAAGGGAUUGCAGCACAUGCAACAUCUCCAGUCCUGAAUCCUCAGCAAACCCAUUCAUUAUAUCCUUCGGGGCAGCCAGAACCUCAGCCCUCACGGAUCUUCGAAACAUCUACUAGCAUAACCCCUGAAUUGCUGUCAGCCCCCGCGCCUCCUGUACCACCCAAAACUAAUCCUACUCUUACCCCUAUCAGCACCACCGCUAUUAGCGCUAGUCUUCCUUCCGGUGCGCAACAUUCAUCGCCAACUCCAGGGAACUUAAAUCAUGGCGAAACUUUUGCACCCAAGCGUGGUAACGCCCAUGCAGCGACUUCGGAGCGUCCUUCUCACAUGGCCACCGCCUUGAGUUCGGCGCAUCAUGAUUUUCAAGGCAGUUCCAGACCACAUUCAGAUGUGCACACAGGGCAUAAAAGCUCUCAGGCAGAGUAUCAAGACUCGCCUGUGAGUAUUGACACGAGACAGAACGACCAUGAGGCACUCCAUUCACCCGGGAUGAAUGUCAGAAUGAAUAGCACUGAAUCGAUUCAGAGCUCCGGUUUUACGUCAGAAACCGCUGAGAGUAUCGAUGGUGUCAUUGAAGCAUGGACUCGCCCUCUCACCACCAACUCACAAAAACCCAACCUGACCGAUGACACGGCUUCAGAGCAGGCGGCGCGAAAGGAGGACAUUCAGCUCUCCGACGCGGUUGAAACCAAGGCCAGCGAACCCGAUGUAACAAAACGGACAGUACUUCCACCACUUGACCGCUUAGACCCUUUUGACGAUCUGGACACUUGGUCUAAAUCCUCUUUGGAGCGAUAUGUAGCAAUGUUGCGCAAGGAGGCUGUGGCGGACACUGAUCUGGACCGAUUUGAGAUUUUCACAAACUUUAUGGCUAAGGAGGCCAAGCUACGUGAAGUCUUAUAUAACAUAGAAUCCAACCCGACGGAUGUCAAACAAACGGCAACGGGUGCCUUUUGCUCAGCAACAUCAACCUUUCAGACGCCUACCAGCGAGACUGACGUUGUAUUGCCUCCUGUGGAAUCGGGUUUGAUUCCGGUGGAGGGUGAGGAUCACACGGUUCCUACCAGUCCUACGGAUAAAUCUGGAGAUGGCAGCUACAGUCCGGGGGGUCGGCCGAUCCUGAGGCUCCACACGCCUGGCCCCGUACGUUCGAGAAGUUCCUCAUCACAUACUACCGCCGAUCCCUAUGGGAAUGAUACUAAUUCUGGGAAAAAAUCGUCCUCGAGACCUACCUCAGUACCACCUACUAUGAUGGAGCUUGCGGCACAUAAACAGGAAAUGUCCCCACUAGCCACAAAUCCCCCACAACCGCUCUAUACACCCUUUCGUUACACAGAGGGCCCUCAGAGGGGCUCUGAUGCACUCGUAUUCGACCGUCCAGCAUUUCAAGCUUAUUCCGCCUUGCGUCAAGCAUCUGCCGAAAGUGGCCGAGUGAUGUCCAACGGCUUGGCUCCUGCUUCGGAAGAACUGUCACUUCCUGCAGAGACCGUGAACCAUACGGGACAGGACGAGACGUUCAUGGGACUUAUAAGGGAGAAGAGCAUUGCUUAUCGCAAAGCAGCUUCUCAGAAGCCGUCAACUCCUCCACCACUUCCCGCUUCCCUUAGACAAGGCAGAUUACCUGACCCCUUGGUUGAAUUGCGCUCUGUUGUGACAGCGUCAUUGAGCAAAAGAUAUGUGAGCGCGUCGGAGAGUUCCACGAGAAGAGAGCCGAAGAAGAUACUCAAUGACUUCGCUUACAUUCACGAGGCGACAAAGACUUGGGCCGCUUCCAAUGAGUCUCGUAGAGAGGCAUUAGACAAAGACCGUUCCCGGCGUCAGGAAGAGUCCGAAAGACAGAUCGAUGCCCUCUUCAACGGAAAGGAAAUAGGUUAUGCUGACAUCAAUGUCCUCGAGGAGGAAUUCCGUCAGAAGGAGGCGCGCUGUCAGCUGGAGGAGGAAAGGCAGGAACUGAACGAUUUCAUUGCGCACGUUUUCGAUCCACUUGACAAACGGUUGAAAGAGGAAGCCCUGGCGUUGCAAAGCAACUAUGAAGAAGCUCUUUCGCAGCUUGAUGAUGGUAACAGCACAGGCAAGGACAUAGCCAAAGACGAAAGUCAUGUGUCUGAGACAAUGAAGACUAUCAAUGAAAUCUAUAGUCAGCUUGAGAUCCGCUUUCAAAAGCGCCUCGAAAUUGCUCUAGACCGUGAACGUCGACGAAAGAAGGCUGAAAGACGACCUCUCGUAUUCAUGGGCGAUGCAACUGCGCUCAAACAGCUGGAUCAAGAAUUCGACCAGAUGGAAAAGCGCAAUAUACUCGAAGCUGCUCGGGAGCGGGAUGCGAGGGCCAAUCGACUAAUGGACUCUUUUGAUGAUGCUAUUGUGCAUGGUCUAGGAGAGAACCAGAGAAUCCUUGAUGACAUUACUGCAAAGUUGUUACGAAUCGAUGCUGCAACCCUUCGUUCUUCUUCCCUCUCAGAAACCGAGAUCGUGCAACUACUCAGAUCAGUCAACCGAGUCAUAGAACGUUUGCGCGAGGACUCCGAGUCAAUACUAGAAAACUUUGGUAUCGCAGAUUCAGUUCUCAACGACGCCGAUUACAACGUGUCUGUCGCUGAAGCGCGCUGCUCAGACGCCGAGGUUGAUGUUUUCGAUCAACUGAAGGCUGAGAAGAAGAAAGAAGACAAGAAGAUCCAAGUCGAUCUGGAAUCUAAGCUGGAGAGUGUAAGAGAAGGACCAGCUAAGGUGACCGCAAGCAUCAAAGAUCUUCUUCAUUCCCUUUGCCACGAUACAGCCCUGAAACAACCACCUACCUCGUCAACAGAGCCUGCUAAGCAGCCUGGCAAUGCUCGUUCACCCAGUCCCGGCUCCACCGCCCCGCCUGCCUCUCGCAAACCUGUGGAAGAUGUCGAGCAUCAAGAGCGGCUCCGCAAAGCAUUAGAGAAUGCGAAGAAGAGAAAUGCUGCUAGGAAUGGCACAUAGACACCGACCUGUUGGUUCUAAGACUCAUCUACCUCAGUGAAUACAUCGUCAUCAUCAUCAUCAUCGUCAUCUUUUUUUAUUUGCGGAUAGAAGUGCGUAUACCUGACCUCUGUGUCUUUUUUCUUCGAUACCCUCAUGUGGCUGUUAUAGAUUGAGGUUGUGUGAGUCUUCUUCCAUCGGACCAAUCAGUGUUUCUGGAACAGUGAGUGUCCUAAAUCUCAAACAUAUAUAGUAAUGAAAUAGGGGGGAGAUAGCGACAGUUCUGUGCUGCCUUCACCUCGAACGUAAUGUUCGUGUACAAAGGGGACUUGUCCGGACUGCGGCAAAAGUCAGCCCUCAGCCUGGCAUAACGAGUGUUGCCUUCAGCCUUCAAGAAAAUGUGGUAGACUAGCCAUGGGCUGUCGCUCUCAGGAAAUUAC